AUGAAGACCUUUGUAAAUAUUUUUCUGGGAUUUUUUAUCUUUGAGUCUAUUGGUGCUGCACCCAUCGCUGAUACAGUAAUUUAUGCUUCUGAGUUCUCUGACAUACCACUUGGCGAGCUGCCCCAACCGUUUGUCUAUGCUGAAAACGAGCAGUCUGACCAGUUAGAGGCAGAGAUUGGGACGGCUCUACCCUCUAUAACUCAAGAGAGUUAUUCUUCUGCGCCAUUGACAGAAGAACCUGAGGAAGAAGCAUCAACACCAAAAUUAAUCGAUGGCUCUUCAGCACAAGGGUCUGGUGUUCUUGGACCCCAAACUCACGACGGCCUUCCAACUUGUCUUUUGUGUACAUGCCUAGGGACCACAGUCUACUGUGAUGAUCGUGAACUUGCUGCUGUUCCACCAUUGCCUAAGAAAACCAUGUACUUCUACUCCCGCUACAAUAGAAUCAGAAGGAUCAACAGGAAUGACUUUGCUAACUUGAGCAAUUUAAAGAGGAUCGAUUUGACUGCAAACUUUAUAUCAGAGAUCCAUGAAGAUGCCUUCCGGAGACUGCCCCAACUCCAGGAGCUUGUGCUCCGUGAAAACAGAAUAAGGCAACUCCCUGAGUUACCAUCCACUUUGACACUCAUCGAUGUUAGUAACAACAGGCUUGGUCGCAGGGGAAUACGUAAUGAGGCAUUUAAAGAUCUGCAUGAACUGCAAUAUCUUUACAUCACUGACAAUAACCUGGAUCACAUUCCAUUGCCACUGCCUGAGAGUCUCCAAGUUCUUCAUCUCCAGAACAACAACAUUCAAGAGAUGCAUGAAGAUACUUUCUGCAAAAUGAAAGAUUUUAAUUAUGUCCGUAGGGCCCUUGAAGACGUCAGACUGGAUGGUAAUCCCAUUAACUUGAGCAAAACACCUUAUGCAUACAUGUGUCUACCCCGUUUGCCAGUUGGUAACCUCAUCUAA